UUGUUUCGAAGGCUCGGCAAAAGAAACCCGGCCCUGGCAGUACCAGACACGGCGGCACUCCCGUUGUUCCCAUCCAUGGCUUGCAUUGCCAGCUACACAGCUGUGAAUGUGGGCUGCUUGUGAUUCGUUUUCUCUCUCCUGUCAGUUUGCUAAUUUUGCUUGCUUGGUUGCAUGCUCAGCAGAGAUUUCUCCUGCCCAACCAACCGCGCAACGAAGCAUGACCUCCUCCUCCUCCUCCCUCUGCUGCUUCCUGACUUCCUCCCCUCCUCCCAUCUACUGCUACUUUAGCUGCUCCUCACCUAGCAGCUUCCCCUCGCAAGCUCGAUCAUCCGCGGGCAAUGCAUGGAUCCGUCCUCGAGCUUCUUCAUCAUCUUGUUCACUUGACCUCUUCUCUUCUCCUUCCACUCACUUCCACUUGCCUAGUUAUUGUAGCUUUCUUGGUUGAUCGAUCUUGAUCCGACGCGAUCAAGCUGCUUAAUUUAGUUUCAUAUCUCGGUGAUCCCGUUCCAUCGAUCCAUCAACCACCACCAUGGGCGAUGCGGCUGUGCUCAGUAGCAGCGCCACUCGGCACAGCUGCAAGGUGUGCCGGAAGGGCUUCCCCUGCGGCCGAUCGCUCGGCGGCCACAUGCGCUCGCAUUCCCUGGCCGAGGUGGAGACCGCCGUGGAGGACGAUGCUGAUGACAAUGGUGAGGAGCAGCAGCAACAACGGCGGGGCUCGGAUUGCCUGAUGGUUCCGGCCGCCGGGGGUUAUGGGCUGAGGGAGAACCCCAAGAAGACGCGACGGCUCUCGGGCCUCGAUGGCGGCGGUCGCCAGGACGAGUGCGGCCAUGGCGACCGCGGUGAGCUGCUCCCGCCAUGCGCUCCGGAGGUGGGCCGCGAGCGCCGCCAUGCUCCCGGAGCUGGCAUGGAGGCGGAAGCGGAGCGGGAGCAGGAGGACGCCAUGCUGAUCCCGACCGAGCCGGCUGUCGGCCUGAUGCCGGCGCCGAGGCGGAGGCGGCGCUCCAUGCGCGUUCCGGCCCCCGCGCCGCCACCUGCGUUUGACAAGGAACCGGAGGACGUCGCGCUCUGCCUCAUCAUGCUGUCGCGCGACAUCCUGCACCGCCGGGACUCCACGGUUGCAGGCGCCGAGUACUCGCCGGAGAAAGGCAGGAGGAGGCGGGAUUACCACCACGACACCGACUCCGACGACGCCUCUGCUCUCUUCCAGUACGCCGACGUCGAGAUCAGCACCAAGACCAACAACAAGAGGAAGCCCAAUCGCAGCCUCGCCGGCGACGAGAAGCGGGCUCGGUACGAGUGCCCCGGCUGCGGCAGGGCCUUCCAGUCCUACCAGGCGCUCGGCGGCCACCGCGCCAGCCACAAGCGCAUCAACAGCAACUGCAGCAUCGCCAAGGUCGCGCCUGAUCAGGCCGAGCUGAGCAUCGAGACCAACGCGUCCUUCAACACGGCGUCACCGGACGCCGACUACGCCGCAGACGUUGCGCACAACACUGCGGUGGUGGCCCUGAAGGCGAAGCCGCAGAAGGCGAUCAAGUUCGAGUGCCCCAUCUGCUUCAAGGUGUUUGGGUCAGGGCAAGCGCUCGGCGGGCACAAGCGGUCGCACUUGAUCGCUGGCGAGCUCUACGAGCGCGCGCAUGCUGACGGAGACGCUGGUAUCGAUGAACCCGAGCAGCCUAUGAUCGCCGAUGGGUUUCUUGAUCUCAACCUGCCAGCUCCAGGAGCUGAGGAUUGAAGCAUGGCUGGUUGAAUUGGGUAUGUACAGACUCGGAUUCAAUUGAUUCUUUGGAGUUUCAAGUUAGAACUUAGAAGUGAGCUUGGGGGGAAUAAACAAUGCAACUUGAUAGUUUUGCUCGAUUCAGCAAGCUUUUUCAAGCUAUUCUUUUUACUAGGUCUUUUUGGUCUUCUUCAUAUGCAGAGAGUAAUAACAAACAAUAAGAACUUCAUCUUCUGAAAUUGGAGAAACUGAACUGAUACAAUGAAAGGCUUUCAAUUUGGCUCGGCA